AUGCCAAAGAGUAAAAAAAACAAGCUACAUAUUCCUCAGAAAUCCUGCCAUUUCCAAAGGGAGCCCCAGAGACUCCAGGAAUCUCAGGCUACUUCUACCAAAAAGAAAAUAGUGCCCUCUUCAUCUUCUCCUCCUUCAAGAAUUAUCAGGCACACCAAUUUCACUUCUCAGUCACAAAGUCCUCCCGAGAGGUCUCAGAGAGCAGUUUCCAUGACUACAGACAUUUCAACUUCAAGAUCAGAUGAAGGGACCACCUGCAAAACUAAGAAAAGGCAGCAUUGUUCCCAGGCUCAAACUUCCAUCAUACAGACUCCCACAGAUUCCCUAACAAAGACAGCUAGCAUGUUGGUGAACUUCAUCAUAAACAUGUACAAAACAAAAAAGCCCAUUAGCAAAGAAGAUAUGUUGAAGAUUAUCGAUAAAAAGCACAAGAAUCACUUCCCGGAAAUCUUCAGAAAAGCUUCUUUUAAAAUAGAGGUGGUAUUUGGCAUGAAUUUAAUAGAAGACUCUGCUAACAGCCACUCUUAUACCUUUGUUAGCAAAAUGAAUCUCCCCUACAAUGGGGUGCUGAGAUGUGGCAAUGGAUUUCCCAAGACCGGUCUGCUGAUGCACAUUCUGGGAGUGAUCUUCAUGAAGGGAAACUCUGCCACUGAAGAGAACAUCUGGGAAUUUCUGAAUAAGAUGAAAAUAUAUGAUGGAAAGAGACACUUCCUUUUUGGGGAGCCCAGGAAGCUCAUCACAAAAGAUCUAGUGGAGUUGAAAUACCUGGAGUACCGCCAGGUGCCAGACAGUGACCCUUCUCAAUAUGAAUUCCUGUGGGGCCCAAGAGCCUAUGCUGAGACCAGCAAGAUGAAAGUCCUGGAGUUUUGGGCCAAAAUCAAUGAUACAGCUCCCAGUACCUUCCAGUCCAAGUAUGAAGAGGCUAUGGUAGAUGAAAAAGAGAAUACUAAUACCAUGAAUUGA